GAGGAAGACAAGUCUUGUCGAGGCCUUCAUUCAAGAUGCAGAUCUUCGUCAAGACCCUUACGGGUAAGACUAUCACCCUCGAGGUGGAGUCUUCGGACACCAUUGACAAUGUCAAGUCCAAGAUCCAGGACAAGGAGGGAAUCCCCCCCGACCAGCAGCGUCUGAUCUUCGCUGGCAAGCAGCUCGAGGACGGCCGUACCCUCUCUGACUACAACAUCCAGAAGGAGUCCACCCUGCACCUCGUGCUCCGCCUGCGUGGUGGUGGCAAGAAGCGCAAGAAGAAGGUCUACACCACCCCCAAGAAGAUCAAGCACAAGCGCAAGAAGACCAAGCUCGCUGUCCUCAAGUACUACAAGGUGGACGGCGAUGGCAAGAUCGAGCGUCUCCGCCGCGAGUGCCCCGCCCCCGAGUGCGGUGCUGGUAUUUUCAUGGCUGCUAUGCACAACCGUCAGUACUGCGGCAAGUGCCACCUCACCUACGUAUUCGACGAGUCCAAGUAAAUGCUUGGCCGUUCUGAAACGGGUCGUUCCACUGUUCGUCCGUGCCGGUAGUGUAUGGUGAUUUACUGGGCAAUGUCGGUAUUGGUUGGAGUGGUGGAAUCCAGGUUGAGGUAGUAGCAGUUCAAGAAAAUAAAGAUAAAAAUCGGAAAUCCUGCCAUCCAUUAUUUUCUUGUAUUUGCAGUAGCGUAGUGCCAGGGACUACUCAUCCGCACAGUGUAGUCCAUUCGGACGAAACGUCGAGGUAAUAGUUCCAUAGACGUAUCAGUCGGU